AAUAGACAAUAAUAGGAUUUGAUCUGUGAUUGUAGAGAAAAGCGUUCGUUCUGAGAAUAGAAAACAUCUGCCUCCGUAGAGCGCUUCAUUACCGAAACUCCGGAAACUAGUUUCCUCCGAUACUGGAAUGAACCGUUUAUUGUGCGAUAACCCUGGUGCGUCAGUCCUAUUCCUCUAUAAAUCCACGCCGUGAUUUAAAUGCUGUCCCGCCACAAACGCGCCUCACUUUAGGGUCGUGUGUGUGUGAGAGAGAAAAUAAUACUUUAUAUUCAGUAACAACCACAGUGAGAGAACUAUCCCGGAGUCUGACAGUCUGUUAUUUCGCACAGAGCGAGGAGAGACGCAGCACGAGGACAAUAUUGACUCAAACGUUUACUUUGUGACUAUAGCUCUCAACAGGAACCGGUGGAUUCCUUACUAAAUAUAGACCACAACAAUUGUCAAAGUUUUUGACAACAAACAUUUACGGGUGUGGUGUUAUCCUGCUUUCCGUUGGACUUGAUUUGUACAUUUUGACUUUUUUUUUACCAUUAUUUGCCUUCCUCAAACGGACCUACAGCUGCGUUUAAAAGUGGCUUUCUAAAGGCCAGGCAGGGCCAUGUCUCCAGUCUCAAUCUGUGGUUUGGAAUAGGCUACUCGUGGUGACCUAGUGAAGCAGGUGUCCCCAGGUGAUGACCUCACUGUUUUCCAGCCCAGCCCACGUCGUCAUGAAGGACCGCGAGCCUCCGCCAUCCUCCCUCACCCUGCUCCACUACCCUGGGAUGACGGUCACCGCCAAGACCCCUGGGGAUGACCCCUUUCCCUCCUCCACCUCUCCAUCCCUCUCCAAACCACAGCCCUUCUGCCUGCAGACCCUCCAGACCAGCCCUCACCUCCUCGCCAGCAUGCAGCUCCAGAAACUCAACUCCCACUACCAGAGUCUGGCUGGAGGCAGUGGUGCCUCAGGGCUCAACUCAGGGCCUCAGAGGGGGUUUGGGGGCUCCACGGUGGGCUCGGCUGGGCAGCUGAUCGGGGGUACCCCUGGAGGUGGCGGAGGUGGGAACCAGAGUUGUGGAUCUGGCGGGAUCAUAGAUUCUGACCCAGUGGAUGAAGAGGUUCUGAUGUCAUUGGUCAUAGAGCUGGGGUUGGACCGGGCCAAUGAGCUACCUGAACUCUGGCUGGGACAGAAUGAGUUUGACUUUAUAGCGGACGUACCUGCUGGAUGUUGACCGGAUAGAGCGAUGGAAGGAGGGGAUCUGUGCUCUCUUUCAUUCUUCUGUUAGUCUCUUGUUUGGAUGGACACAGACUCCGACGUCCCUGCCGCAUACUAACCUAAACACAUAGAAAGAGAAACUGUCCUUUUGUUUUGUUUUUUGGGGGGGGGGGUCAACCUCUUAGUUUUUCUCUAAAAGAAAAAUGAUGACUACAUACGGACCCAAAGAGAGCAUGUGGUCUUGUUUUUUCCCCCUCUCUACCACCCUCUCGUUUCCCCUCUCAGAAGGACAGUGUGCGGACACAGGGUUGGGGUUUGGUCUUGUGUUUUUCUGUGAGUCUGUGUGUGUCAGAGAGGAUGUCGACUUCAGGGGGAACUUGUGUUUACCUUCAUUUAUUCCUCGGCGCAAAAGGACCCUGAAGCGGCGUUAAGGAUUGUGAACAUUCAACGGUUCAACAGAAACCAAGAGGGGACAAACCCACAGGACCCUAUUUAUAUUUAACAGUAGGGAAAACACUGAGGGAUAGAAGAGCCUGGGGCCUGUCUCGUUGUACCUCCCAUGGGCCUCCUACACACACACACACACACACACACACACACACUUGUUCAGUUAGCCCAGCGUUCAGGGGGUUUGAUGUGACACUAGGGUGAGAGAAGCACGAGAGAGAUGAGUGCUGUGUACCAGUGUGUGAGAGGUUGUCUGAGACAGACCUGACAGGAGGCCUGUGUAGUCUCCAUGCUAUUGUCUGUAUCUAAAUUACGUUAUUGAGUCUCAAAGUCAGUGGUCUUCAUGUAACUCUGUAGGAGGAACGACUCAGGUUCACCCUCCUGUCUUGUUUCUGCCCGAUCUCCCCGUCUCGCUUUCCCUCUCUCUGUAUGUAUUGUAAGUCUCUUGCUCUAUGUCAAAUGGAUGAUGUCUGAAGAAGCAAAGAGAGCUAUGAGUCUCUCCUCUCGCUCCCUUGUCUUCGGUCUCUGUCUUUCUCUCCUCUCGCUCCCUUGUCUUCGGUCUCUGUCUUUCUCUCCUCUCGCUCCCUUGUCUUCUGUCUC